AUGGGUUGUGCCUGUGAAAAACAACACGUCACAAUACAAGAUAACAAAUAUUACGUUCAAGAUCAAAUUGGACAAGGUGGCUUUAGUUCAGUGUUUCUUGUAAAAAAUACUGAUAAUAAGAAAUUUGUAUUGAAAUGCAUUUUAUGCCAUGAUCAAAAGGACCGUGAAAAAGCUUGGAAUGAAGCCAAGGUCCAUCAGCUUUUACAAAGCAGCGGAAAUAAAUAUAUUCUUAAUUUAAUUGGAUGUGGAAUGAUUGAAAAAUCAUUAGAAUUUUCAAAAAUACCAACAGAUACAUUUCUUAUGCUAUUACCUUAUUAUAAAAAUGGAUCAUUACAUGACAAUUUAGUUAAACCUCAUUAUCAUAUGGAUUUGAAAUAUGUAUUAAAACAUUUUCAAUCGAUUUGUUUGAGUGUGAAAACAUUUCAUGAUUUAUCUUAUUCACAUAGAGAUAUAAAACCUGCUAAUAUAUUAUUUAAUGAUAAUUAUGAACCAGUGAUUAUUGACUUAGGAUCUUCUGCUCCCGCCAAAAUAACAGUGACCUCGAAAAAAGAAGCACAAGAACUUCUAGAUGAUGUGAAUGAAAGAUGUUCAAUGACAUACAGAGCUCCAGAAUUAUUUAAUAUUGAUAUUAAUUCUGUUAUUGAUGAACGAAUUGAUGUUUGGUCCUUAGGAUGUUUGCUGUAUGCAAUGCUUUAUAAAAAGUCACCGUUUGACUUGGUAUAUGAACGUGGAGAUUCUGUGGCUCUGGCUGUGAUAAGUGGAAAAAUUUAUUUUCCACCAAAUUCUAAUGAAAGUGUCAACAGUUUAGUUAAGGUAAUGCUAACAGUAGAUCAUUCCAAAAGACCAUUUAUUGAUGAUAUAUUAGAAUCGGUCAAAGUUGUUGAUGAAUUAUUUGAUCAGGAUUUCAAUGAACAUACAAUUUUAAAAUCAAAUAUUUGUAACGUUUAG